AUGACCGACCCGGAGAGCUCAUACCGGCCGCGUUCCCCAGACUUGUCCUCCUUCCCAUCGUCCUUCUCGAACACCUUCAACAACAACGCGUAUCAGCCACAACCGCCUUUUCUCGCUAGCCCUCACGGCCAACGCGCUUCCUACGACGCCUCACCUUUUUUUGCGGGCUACCAACCACCGGUUGCGAAUAGCCGAAUCCCCCAACAACAAUACCAACAACCCUUCUAUAACCCGGUCUACGAUAACAAUCCGUACGACGACGAUAUGGCAAGACGGAGUGCUCGCUUGUCAGCACAACAGCCCCAAACUCAAGCUCCAGUCCAUGCCCAAGUACAACCGCAACUACAAGCUGAAUCUCACUCUCACAUUCACCACCAUCAACCGCCCCACGCACAAAUCCAAGUCCACCACCAAGCACCUCUCCCUCAUCCCUCCGAACAAAACUUCGUAUUCGACCAACAUGUCGCCGCAGUCGCCCCCAAAGAAGAACCACACGAGACCCGGCCGAAACCAUGGGACGGAAUAGACGUGAAAACGAAGUUCCCAGUAGCGCGGAUAAAGCGAAUCAUGCAGGCGGACGAGGAGGUGGGAAAGGUGGCUCAAGUGACGCCAAUCGCAGUUUCCAAAGCACUCGAACUCUUCAUGAUCCAACUCGUCACUAAAGCCGCACAAGAAGCCCGAGACCGCAACUCAAAACGAGUCACGGCAGCACACCUGAAACAAGCCGUCGGCAAAGACGAAGUCCUCGACUUUUUAGCAGAGAUAUGCUCCAAAGUGCCCGAUCAACUUGCGCGCAAGAACGAAGAAGACGGCAGCGAUCAUAAUGAGGGUGGGAAACGGAAAUCAGGCGGCGGGCGACGGAAAAAAGAUGUGGAUAGUGAUGAUUUUUAG